AUGAGUCUACAAACAGUGUAUGACAAUACUCAAAUAUGCAAGCUAGAGGAGAAAUUCUCCGUUGUGAAGAGUGAAAAUACACCUGGCGCCGAUCCCAAAACGUUUCUGUUCGAGGGAAAAUACCCAUUGGAGCCAUUCAGGGAAGGAACCAGAGGAACUUAUGGCGGAGAGUUCGUUGCCCAAGCAUUGGUCGCUGCCUACGACUCCAUAGAGGAUAAGGAUUUCGACGUCCAUUCGCUUCAUUCCUACUUCCUCAAGGCCGGCCUGAUGGACUCCAACAUGCGGUAUGAGGUGACAAUUACGUCUGAAGGCAGAAACUACUGUAACCGCUUGGUGAAGUGCUAUCAAAUACAUAGCAACGAACUUUGUUUUAUACUCAUGGCUUCUUUUACCCGCGCAAAUAGCAUUCAGCAACGUCAGGAAUCUUUCGGCGCUUUAGACGAAGAGAAGAUGAACCAUCCCAGAACCAAGGUUCCGUUCGAGUUCCUGCGAGAGCCAUUCUACACUUUUGACAAGUACAAGCAUAAGCUCGAUAAAUUGCCCCAGUUGGAACAUACGAACGGCAAUUUAAUGCACAUAAUUACUCCAGAGGUUUGGAAAGCUACCGAUAAGGAGAAACUGAUCGAUCCGGGAAGAAGGGAAUUCGGAAUCUUCUUUAAAGUGAUCGACAAUACCAAAUUGGCCGAGGAGCCUCGUAAAGCCAAUAUGGUUGACUUCGCCUUUGCCUCUGAUUCAUUCUAUUUGAGUACAGUGAUGCGUGCCGUGUUCCCAUUGUUGGACUACAAAAAGGAUUUCUUCCGUGUUUCACUUGAUCACACCAUCCACUUCCAUGACACGAAUUUUGACCCAACAGAGUGGAUGUUCAUAGACUAUAAGUUUGUGCGUUUGAGUAAUGACCGUGUGCUUGUCACCAGUCUGUACUUUACUUUGGACCGCCGCUUGGUGGCUUCAGUUCUGCAAGAAGCCAUGGCUUUGUUUCCUUUGAAGUUGGCUCUGCAGAGCAAGCACGGUUCGUACAAGCUUUGA